AACCCUAAAAAUCCUAUGCAUAUAGGUAUUUUUUCUGUUUUUAUUUUUGCAAGCAGCAGCUCCAUAUCCAUUACAGAAAGAAAGGUGCAGACCAACUGGUUAACAUGGGGGCAUAUACAUACGUGUCGGAGCUAUGGAGGAAGAAGCAAUCCGAUGUGAUGAGGUUUAUGCAGAGAGUUAGGUGCUGGGAGUAUCGUCAGCUGCCUUCUAUUGUCCGGGUCACUCAUCCUACCCGACCCGAUAAGGCUCGUCGUAUGGGUUACAAAGCCAAACAGGGUUAUGUCAUCUACCGUGUGCGUGUCAGGCGUGGUGGACGAAAGAGGCCUGUUCCAAAGGGUAUUGUUUAUGGAAAACCUACUAACCAGGGUGUGACUCAGCUGAAGUUUCAACGUAGCAAGAGGUCCGUUGCGGAGGAAAGAGCUGGAAGGAAGUUGGGAGGCCUUAAGGUCCUCAAUUCAUACUGGCUUAAUGAGGACUCCACUUACAAAUAUUUUGAGGUGAUCUUAGUCGAUCCUGCCCAUACCAGUAUCCGUAAUGAUCCUAGGAUCAACUGGAUCUGUAACCCAGUGCACAAGCACAGGGAGCUUCGUGGUCUAACGUCUGCUGGUAAGAAAUACCGAGGACUCCGUGGAAAGGGACAUUUGAACCACAAGCAACGUCCUUCGAGAAGGGCUACUUGGAAAAGGAACAACACCCUUUCCCUUCGACGUUAUCGUUGAAAACUUUAUGCAUGUUUUAUGGUGGUUUCAUCUAUCAUCAGCUUAGACUUAAAAUCUUUUGUAAGGAUAUUAAUCUAUGUGGCUUGAGACAUGAGAUCUUUCUUGAAAUUUUGAUACUUGCUUCUGAUUGUCUGUAUCUGAGUUGCAGCAACAUUUCGAUAAUGUUAUGGAAUGGUACUUAAUGCCGGUUUUCUUUUUAGAGUCAA